UUAAGAAGGAAAUGGGAUGAUGAGGAAUAUAAACAAAAGGUCAAGGAUAGGGAAGCUGGUUUAAUAGUGGACGAAGAGGAGGCUGAUAAAAAUAAAAAGAAAAUUAGAUAUGACUUGCCCACUGACAAACCAUUAGAAUUUUUUAAAGCAAGAGAUAAAGAUUUAAACCUAUCAACUAAAGUCGGUAAAGCAACAUAUAUUAAAGGUGUCACUCCAGGCGAUAAACAAGGUGGUUUUUAUUGUGAAACCUGUGACAUGCAUUUUAAAGAUUCAAACUCUGCAUUAGAUCAUGAAAACAGUAAAAGACAUAACAGGUUAAAAGGUGUUUCAAUGAGAGUGCAAAGUUCAACCUUAUCACAAGUUCAAAAUAAACUUAAAAAAGCUAAAGAAGAUAAACUAGCAAAAUCAAACCAAACCAUUGUUGGAAAAAAUAAAAACACUGAAAAAGAAUAUGAAAAAAUUUAUAAAGAUUUAGAAGAAAAAGAAAAACUAGAAGGUAAAAAAGAUGAAACCAAAGAAGAUAAUAAA